UAAUUGUUGCUUUGACACGAGAGAGUUUGGGGGUUAAAUUGGGUUGAUUUCAUUUGUGCACAAUUGUGAUGUGUCUUGUCACAUGCUCAGAGAGAGAGAGAGAGAGAGAGAGAGAGAUAAAAAGGGGGUAGGAUUGAAUGUCUCAUAAUUUCUGUUUGCUCUCAUUCAGGCGUUCACAGGCGCAGACGCAACCAUCAAGCUUUGACACCUCGUAAUUUACACAUUUACUUUAAAUUACACACACACGCGCAUCUGUGCAAUCUGGAUGAGGUGACGGAUGCAUGCAAGAUUGCCAGACACACUGGAAUGAUAUUCUCUUUUGUUUUUCUGCAUCUUUGUGGUUUUUGGGGGGGGUUUGGUCAGACACGACAGCUUCUCAUUUCGCCGUCUGUUGAUCUGUGAAGAGUUCUCCGCUCCUCCUUCAGCUGCUUGAGACGUGAACUUCAGAAAGGAUCUUUAAUGAAUCAGUUUUUGCCGCUCGAUGCCAUGGCGUUCAACCGGUGGAUUUUAUAAUUCUCUCUGAAGAACGGAUCAACACGAUAAGUUGUACAUCGUGGAAGAGUUACAGAGGGAACAUCACGCUGCAGAAGCUGCCAGAGUCCAACAUGGCUCUGAGUGUGUUAGGGGUGUUUCUGGGGUUACUUCUGGAAGUUUCAACACACGGACCCUCCAGCGUUCCCCGGAGCUCAUGGACACAGGACGAUGCGAGUCUGGUUGAGUUCUGGGAGCCGGGUGUGUUUAACUACACCACUCUACUGCUGAGUGAAGACCGAGGUGUGCUGUAUGUGGGAGCCAGAGAAGUUAUUUACGAACUCAACAUGAACAAUGUGUCAAUCAAGAGCAACCAGCUGCUGUGGAAAGUUCCAGAGGACGACAUGUCGAUGUGUAUUUUAAAGGGAAAAUCUAAAGAGACGGACUGUCGAAACUACAUCCGAGUUUUGCAAGUCCUGGAUAAAGACAAUCUGUAUGUUUGCGGGACACGUGCGUUUCAGCCUCUCUGUGAUUAUCUGUCCCUGCAUGAUUUCAGUUUGCAGAACAGACUGGAGGACGGUCGGGGGAAAUGUUCCUUUGACCCGGCGCAGAGCUUCACCACCGUGAUGGUCGAUGGGGAGCUGUACUCGGGAACUGCUUAUAACUUCCUGGGCAGUGAGCCAAUCAUCUCCAGAUACUCUCCGUCUCAGAGUUUACUGCGCACUGAAUACUCCACAUCAUGGCUCAACGAACCCAGUUUCGUGUAUGCAGAUGUGAUCCGUGUAGGGCAGAACAGCCCGGAUGGAGAUGAUGAUAAGAUUUACUACUUCUUCACCGAGGUAUCGGUGGAAUACGAGUUCUUCGGAAAGCUCUUGAUUCCCAGGAUUGCACGCGUGUGUAAGGGGGAUCAAGGUGGUCAGAGGACCCUACAAAAGAAGUGGACAUCCUUUUUGAAAGCUAAACUGGUGUGCUCCAUGCCUGAGCUGAACUUUGUCUUCAAUGUUGUUCAUGAUGUGUUCAUCCUGAAAGCCCCUCAUUGGAGAGAGACCGUCAUAUAUGGAGUCUUUACGUCUCAAUGGGGGAAUGUUGGUUUGUCGGCUGUGUGUGCGUAUAACAUGAGUUCCGUGCAUGAGGUGUUUUCCAAAGGGAAGUACAUGCAGAAAGCCACGGUUGAACAGUCCCACACAAAGUGGGUCCGAUUUAAUGGCAUCACCCCGACCCCCAGACCCGGAGCGUGCAUCAACAACCACAACCGCAUGCAUAACAUCAGCUCGUCUCUGCACCUGCCUGAUAAGACUCUGCAGUUUGUGAAGGACCACCCGCUGCUGGAGGACCCCGUACUGCCCAUCGGCAACGGCCCUCGCCUCAUCACGAAAGAUGUCAACUAUACCCAGAUUGCCGUGGAGAGGGUGCAGGCUCUCGACAGGAACAUCUAUGAUGUCAUCUUCACCGGCACUGAUAAAGGUGUUCUGCAUAAAUCGGUGGUGUUUGAGGGAGGAGAGGUCCACACGGUGGAAGAGAUCAGACUUCUGAAGAACUCCGAGCCAAUCAAAACACUUUUACUCUCUCCCCAAGUCGCCCAGAUCUUGUACGCUGGUUCUGACUCAGGUGUGGUUCAGUCUCCCACAGCGUUUUGCCAUAAAUAUCUGUCCUGUGAGGACUGCGUUCUUGCCAGAGACCCGUACUGUGCCUGGAACGCACGUUCUGCUUCCUGUGUUAAUAUUUUCCAAGACAAAGCUGAACUGCGGAAGUUGAUUCAAAACCUGAAAGGAGAUGCUGGGAUAUGUCCCCCAGUUACACCUCUUGCGGUGGAGGACUACAGGCAGGUGGCGGUAAAGCCAGGAAGUUCUGCCAAUCUGCCGUGCCAGGUGCGAUCAAACCUGGCUCAGGUGAUGUGGAAAUUGGACGGCAACAUUCUCAACGAAGCUUCCAACUUCCUUCUAAUGGGAGAGAACGGGUUGCUCAUAUACAGCGUAACCUCAAAGAACCAAGGCCGUUACGAAUGCUGGUCCAUCGAAAUGGGUGCAGGAAAGAACUUUACACGUUUGGUUGCUGGAUACAUCCUUCGAUUGGACCUUCCUUACAAUGCGCCUUCAAUAUCAGCAUCGUCUUCAUCAGAUGUGGGUGCUACAUCGCAUUCCGUUGGACCCACGUUGCGUGACCCAACUACGGCAUUGGAAGGUAAUAACGGUGACACGUCAGGACCCCCGCUACUAACAUCAGCCCACACAGAGGCCCCCGCACUAACCACCCCUCCUAGCAACUUAAUUCAACCCAAACAAUACAUCCCUCCGAAAGUCAGCAAUUUGCCAACGCACACCGAGACUCAAGACCCAUCGGCGAAGUACAUUCAACACGACAACAGCAUAGCGCUGCUUUCCCUCUUCCUGCUCUUUUUCCUCCUCUUCCUCUUCGCUCUGGUGUAUAACUGUUAUAUGAAGUACCUGCCUGCGCCAUGUCUUCGCUUGCGUGCGGCGCUGCUCGGUUCACACAAACAACCACAGCCCGAGUAUGCUGCCUGCGAAGCGGGCCUGAUGGAGCCGACGCCGGACAAAACAGAUCCAGGCGAUCAGCUACACCAAAACGGAGCACAACCGUUGCGGGCUCUAAGAGACACUGGAUACGAGACGGAACCGGAAUGUGGGAACGGAAGGAUUCCAUCAAACAGCGACGAGGAUACGGACGACAGUGUUUCUAAAGGGCGACCCUUCGACAUAGACUGCGUUUCGCAGCCCAUUGAAUAUGCCGACGCGGACACGCCUUACUGAUUCAAAUCUUUACCACAAGACCGCCACAGCGGAGCAAAGAAUGAGCAAAUCUCUCUUUUUGCGUCUUGACCUCUCCAUUGGAAGCUUAGCUUAACUUAGCUUAGCAGCAGUGAUCUAACAUUAAGGCGGCGUACGUAAAUGCGUUUGGUUUGUCGAACAGUCUUGCAGGUUUGCUUGGUGCAUUAAAGACCUCUACAUAGCUUUGCAAGAACAAAAAACUAAAGUUCCAAAUUGGAAACGUUAUUUACCAAAUUGGUAAGUUUGCACGAUGCUUUGCAAAUUGGAGUCCCGGACUGUAUUUGUUGUUUUGGGGAGGUUGGGGUUGGGCGGGGGGAUAUGGGCUGUUCUUGCUCAGCCUAGGGUUCGAUCUGAUGCUGUCACGCUAUUUUACAUGAGUUUAAUAGGCAUUAAUUGUCUUUCCACUUGGGUGGAUAUGAAAAACUCUCAGGGAUGAUUCCAGCUACACAAAUGCACGAUUGCGCACGAUGUCUCGACGAUGGCACAGGAAGUGCUCUGGAAGACCAAAAUGGCAGGUGGACCAAAUUUGGUGGAAGGUUGCGCACUUGGCCCAGCUGUCUAGAACACUUACAAUUUUGACCGAAAUGGACCCAACAUUGGUGAAACGGAACGACGACUGUUCCUCUUGGUGAAAAUGGGUUCCCUACGUGAAAUAGAUUAUUUCGGUUGUGACUAGAUGAUAACCUCCGUUCUGUAAAAGUCUUACGGGAUUUAUCCUAAGCCGCACUGUAAACCUACCCCUUGGUGGCAAUGAAUGUGCCCUCAUGAGAAUUUCUGCAGAAUGAAGGCUACCGUCUAGACAAUACCAACAAUUGAAAGCGAAGUUCACCAUUGUCGAAUGUCUAUCUAUGUGGUGACUUGUUUGUAAUUUUAAUUACAAUUAAAAUGGUUCAUAAUGGGAAAAUGACAAUAAAGCAGACCAAAAAUGUCUAAAUGCUAUGAUAUCUCUCUUGCACUGUUCCCAUUGGAUACGUUAUGCUUGUAUUGCAGAUCUUAUAUUUUGAAGGUAACAUUUUAACCUUGUUUUAGGAACACUUUACAAUAAGGUUGUAUUUGUUAACAUUGGUAAAUGCUUUAGAUAUCAUGAACCAACAAUGAACAUUAUUUUUAUUCAUCUUAAUGUUCAAUUAUGAAAAUACAGUUGUUCAUUGUUACUUCACGUUAGGUCAUGAUGCAUUGACUAAUCUUAAUUUAUACAACUUUUAAUUACAAUGUUCAUUGGUAUAUGUUGAUAUUAACAUUAACUGAGAUUCAUAAGGGCUAAAAAACCUA